CCUGUGAAGAACCAAUGGGUUUCUUCAACUGUUCUAGUGCAGGGCCCGGAGCCAAGGGCUCAGAGUGCCAGAAGAGCUGUCAAACAGUAGACAGUCACUGUAUCAGUGCAGAGUGUGUGUCAGGCUGUGUAUGUCCUGAUGGUCUGCUGUCUGAUGGAAACGGAGGAUGCAUCAAGGAAGACCUAUGUCCCUGUUCUCACAAUGGAGUCUACUACCAACCUGGACAUGUGCUCAAAGUAGACUGCAAUACCUGCACUUGCGAAGGCAGAAAAUGGCAGUGUACCAAUAAGCAGUGUGAUGGGAUGUGUGCCAUAUAUGGAGAUGGGCAUUUCAUCACUUUUGAUGAGGAAAGGUUCACUUUCAAUGGAGAUUGUGAAUACAUUCUUACUCAGGACUACUGCAGCAACAAUCCAAACGGUACCUUUAGAGUGAUCACAGAGAACAUUCCCUGUGGAACCACCGGCACCACCUGUUCCAAGGCCAUCAAGCUCUUCUUGGGGAGCAAUGAGAUCAUACUAGCAGAUGAAUCUGUAAAAGUGAUCAAACAAGAGAACGGGGUGGACGUACCAUACCAGGUCCACUCUAUCGGUCUCUAUGUUGUUGUUGAGGCUGGAAAUGGCCUGAUCCUCAUGUGGGACAAGAAGAAUAGCCUGUUCAUCAAACUCAGCUCUACCUUCCAGGGCCAAGUGUGUGGUCUGUGUGGUAACUAUGACGGUAAUGGAAAGAACGACUUCACGUCCAGAAACCAGGAAGUGGUUGUUGAAGCUCUGGAGUUUGGGAACAGCUGGAAAGUGUCACCCAGUUGCCCCAACGCUGAUGUCAUAAAAAACCCAUGCACUUUAAGAUCAUACAGGCAGUCCUGGUCUCUGAAACGCUGUAGCAUCAUCACCAGUAACGUUUUCUCAGCCUGCCACUCACAG